AUGUCUGCUUCUUUAACAAUUAAUCUAAAAAGAGCUAGUAAGAUUUAUCAUGAAGGUGAAAUAAUAGCCGGUGUUGUAGUUGUCGACACUUCAGCAGAUUUGAGACAUGAAGGUCUCACACUAACUAUGGAAGGAUCUGUUAAUUUGCAAUUGAGCUCUAAAAAUGCUGGAAUUUUUGAUGCCUUUUCUAACAGCAUUAAGCCAAUAUCUCUCAUCAAUUCUACUAUAGAACUUGCACCUGCUGGAAAAAUUCCAGUUGGUGUGACAGAAAUUCCUUUUGAAAUGCCAUUAGUAGGCCGGCAGACCUCUACAAGUAAUGGUCUACUUGAGACAUAUCAUGGAGUGUUUGUGAAUGUUAUGUAUACUUUAAAAUGUAGUAUGAAGAGAUCAUUUCUUAACAAGCCACUAAAUGCCAGCUGCCAAUUCUUUGUACAAUUCAGGCAUCAAGAGUGCCCCGUGCUGAAGCCGGUGCGGUGCGAGAUCACGCCGGCGACGCUGCGCGCGGCGGGCGGCGGCGCGGCGGGCGCGGGCGGCGCGGGGGGAGGCAUGCCGCGCUUCCAGCUCUACGCGGAGAUAGACUCCACCGUGUGCGCGCUGGACCGCCCGCUCACGGGGAAGAUACGAGUGGAUGAAUGUUCGGUUCCAAUAAAAUCAAUAGAAUUGCAACUCGUCCGUGUCGAGACUUGCGGCAGCUCCGAAGGUUACUCUAAAGAUGCGACGGAGAUCCAGAACAUCCAGGUGGGCGCGGGCGACGUGGCGCGGCGGCGCGACGUGCCGCUGCACAUGGUGCUGCCGCGCCUCUUCACGUGCCCCACCACCGCCACGCCGCACUUCAAGAUCGAAUUCGAACUCAAUAUUGCUGUGAUAUUCGAAGACGACUACUUGGUCACCGAAAAUUUUCCAAUAUUAUUGUUAAGAAGUCGG